AUGCGGCCACUUACUGAAGACGAGAGCAAAACUGUGUUUGGUAAACUUGCCAACUACAUCGGCAAGAAUCUGGUCCACCUCGUUGAUCGACAGGAUGAGAACUACUGUUUCCGUUUGCACCGAGACAGAGUAUAUUAUCUUUCUGAAAGCGCUAUGCGCAUGGCAAUCUCCGUAGCCCGCCCGAAUUUGGUCAGUUUAGGUACUUGCUUCGGCAAGUUUAGUAAGAGCGGCAAGUUCAAACUCCAUAUUACGGCCUUGGAUUACCUCGCACAAUAUGCAAAGUAUAAAAUCUGGAUAAAGCCCAAUGGCGAAAUGCCCUUCCUGUAUGGAAAUCACAUCGUCAAGGCGCAUCUUGGGCGCAUUACAGAAGACACACCCGAGCACCAGGGUGUUGUAGUGUUUAGCAUGAACGAUAUCCCUCUCGGAUUUGGCGUUACCUCUCGUUCCACCGUUGACACUCGAAAACUGGACCCCACAGCGAUAAUCGUGUUUCACCAAGCUGAUGUUGGCGAAUAUCUUCGCGAUGAAGAAACGCUUUUCUGA